GAUUUUGUGCAGUAGAUGUGAUGUGAGUGUGUACGUUUGUGGCGAGUGUUGAACAGGACUCCAAUAGUGACUUUCCAGGAGCGAGCUAGCUAGCCAUGUGCCCGUGACUGCCCCGCCUUAUGCCCGUGAGCCCCGCCCCUCCUGCCUCCUCUUCUUUUUCUUCUUCUUCUUCCUCCACUUCUUGUGGCUCAAUCGCCCUCUCCGUGGGCGUCAAGUCGUCCUCGGGGCGGCAUUGGGGCGGUCCCAGUUGGUUGAGGUGGAUUGGCGGGUUCAUCUGGACUUGGAUCAAGAUGUUGCGGAGUUUGGAGACCUCGGUCAGGGCCGUCAUGGUCAUCGCGGCCAAAGUUUGGUCAUUCCUGUGCUACAUUAUCAAGAAACAAACACGCACCAUUAUCCAACACAAGACGAUCAAAUACAAUAUAUAUCCCCUAUCACCCAUCUCAGAGCACAGAUUGAAUUUGCGUCAAGUGAAACGUAAAGUUCUGGUCUUGGACCUGGACGAGACCCUCAUACAUUCCCAUCAUGAUGGGGUGUUGCGACAGACGGUCAAGCCGGGUACUCCAGCCGAUUUUAUCCUCAAAGUCACGAUCGAUCGCCAUCCAGUGCGAUUCUUCGUUCACAAAAGGCCACAUGUGGAUUUCUUCCUCGAAGUGGUCUCACAAUGGUAUGAGCUCGUGGUAUUCACGGCCAGUAUGGAAAUUUAUGGCACGGCCGUGGCUGACAAGUUGGAUAGCAACCGAGGCAUCCUUCGUCGACGCUAUUACCGCCAGCAUUGUACACUCGAUUACGGGUCCUACACCAAGGACUUGUCUGCAAUUAACGCCGACCUCGCAUCCAUAUUCAUUCUGGAUAACUCGCCGGGAGCGUAUCGAUCCUACCCAGACAACGCAAUUCCCAUCAAAUCCUGGUUCAACGAUCCGUCUGACACGGCGUUGCUGAAUCUUCUGCCCGUGCUGGACGCCCUCCGUUUUGUGUCCGAUGUGCGCUCAGUGUUGUGUCGGAAUCGUCAGGCCAUCAAUUGAAAUGAAAACCCUGUGAACUCUCUUGUACACACCACCAACAACAACAACAACAACAACAAUUAUCCGUUUACCCGAGAACCAAAAGCCAGCCAGCCACGACUCAUCAUUACUCUUAGAUAUUGCCAGUGUUCCAAUGAUAUCUGAGUUGAUAUCAUCUUGAUUGCCAGCUUCAGACUUGCAAUUAGACGAAUCGCCUCCAUCUUUCCAGUCCAAGGCGGGUUCAUUACUUUCUUCUUCUCCAGCUUCUUCUUAGAUUUGAGAUUUGAACAACACCAAUAAACCCGGAGAUGAGAGCAAACAGAAAUUCGCAUAGUAUUCCCAUUCAUCGUGAAGGAUUUCGUAACAAGGCUUAGAAGCAUCGGAAUUGGCCACUGAACCAAGAUCGAGAUCCUUGAGGGCGUCUACCCACAAGCAAUGACUGAGCAUCCGCCAACAACCAGAACAACGCCAAUUGAAAAUGAAGUUACAAACAGAAAUGGACCAUUCCUUGGGAUCCUUCACCGUAUUCUUAGUUGGGUAUCGAUUUCCACGAAAUUGAACCUCUAGUCCUCCGGAGAGUAUCCAGCAUCAAUAUCGAUGGAUUGUUCAAAAAAACUUCUCACCAUGCUGGAUUCUCCGAAGAAGCCUAUUUUGAAAUAAACAUGUUGAAUAUUA